AUGAGAAUUGGAAGUGGUCCAAAUGCUGCAGUUCAGGGACAGUCGUACGACGCAUCUGCAGUAGUCCUACCUCCUCCUCUUCCUCCUGUUGCGGUACCUCCCUCUUCUGCACCAUCUCCUUCUCUUUCUACAUCUUCCACUUUGAUUCCUACCCUUGUUGAUGCUCCUGAACCAGAUACCAAAAGGUCUUCAAAUCUAGUGAAGCCAUCAUCAUUCUUUGGUCCUCCUCCUUCCUGUUCUCCACUGAUACCACCUGAUUCUUCAUCUGUGCCAACUGCUCCUCCACUUCAUCCCCCUGGGAAUCUACAAUGCCCUUACGGAGCUCCUUUGCUUCAGCCAUUUCCUCCUCCCAAUCCGCCUCCAUCUCACUCCUACCCCAAACAACGGGGUCUGAGAUUCAGGGACAAAGUUAAUAGGGACUUGCCAAGGUUAUAUGGACUUCAAUUUCUUGCUUUCCUUUCUGAAUAA